AUGAUGGGCGAUAAUGGCGAUAAUGUUAGCAAGGAGGUGGAAACACUUCCCUUAAGAGAAGCGACCGAAGGUCAAGAAGGUCAACCGAAAUCGAUUCUCAAGCAUGGUAACGAGAUCGAGCCAGAGUACAAUUCAAGCUCCGAAGAGGAAGAUGAAAAUGAUGACGAAGACGACGAUGUCAACGAAGAGGAUGAGCCACUCCCUACGCAAUAUCCCGGGACUAUAAUACCAGAUGAUCACCCUGAAGAAAUCGAUGCGGAUGUAGACCUUGCCGCAACUUACCCAGAUGAUACUGAGUACAUCGACCUUAUUCAUCUUAAGAUCACAUCAUUGGAAGCAUUGAAUUUAGAGAGGUUCUCCAAAAUUGAAUCUCUUUGUUUGAGGCAGAAUUUGUUGACUUCAAUGUCAGCAAUUAAGCAUCUUCCAAAAGAAACUAUGGAGGAACUCGACUUGUACGACAAUAGAAUCAAUCACAUUUCCAAGAGUGUAAGUUUGCUUACAAAUUUAAAGAACUUGGAUUUUUCAUUCAAUAAGAUAAAGCAUAUUAAGCAUUUGGAAACAUUAACCAAAUUGGAAAAUUUGUACUUUGUACAGAAUAAAAUCAAAGAAAUAAAGAACUUGGAGACGUUGACUAAUUUAAAGAAUUUAGAAUUGGGUGGGAAUAAAAUUGAAACGAUCGAACCAGAGUCCUUGAAUAGCUUGGUGAACUUACAGCAGCUUUGGUUGGGAAAGAACAGAAUUAGUAAAUUUGAAAACUUAAACAAUUUGCAUAAUUUGAAGAUUUUAUCCAUUCAAUCCAACAGAUUGACCAAAAUUGAAGGAUUAGAACAUUUGAAGAACUUGGAAGAAUUAUACUUGUCUCACAAUGGGAUCAGUAAAAUUGAAAACUUGGAGGAGAACACCAACUUGCAGGUUUUGGAUGUUACUUCGAAUAAACUUACCAACUUGGAAGGCUUGCUGCACUUGACGAAAUUGACUGAUUUCUGGUGUUCAUACAAUAAAAUAUCCAGUUUUGAGGAGAUUGGUAAGGAGUUGAGUAAGCUACCUGAGUUGGAUACUGUCUACUUUGAAGGGAACCCAGUACAAACGCAAAGUCCUACUGCUUACAGAAGGAAGUUGAGAUUAUACUUAGGACCUAGCUUAACGAAAAUCGAUGCUACUUAUGUCAAGGAAUAA